CUUGCUCCCCUCUUGCGGCGAAUCCCACCACUCCGCUCCUACUUGUAGCUUGUAGUGGCCAUGGGGAUGCAGCCCCGCUAGCUAGUUGAGCACAUCAGUGCUCGCUCGCCACGCCCCUCUCCCCCGUCGCAAUGGGGUGGUCGCUAUGUGCCUGCAGGUACCCGUCGUCACCGCAUUGACACCGGCGGCGAGUGAAAGCGCGGGUGGUUAAUCGUCUAGGAUGGCCGUUGCCACGAUUCGCAGAUCCACCUGAGUCUUGUUGGUCGCGUUUUCUCACUCCCUGUUACCUGCUGCUGUGGAUAGUUCCUUGUCGAAGCUCCGGAGUUUUGUUGGUCGAUUGAAAUUGUGGGAUUGGGGGCGGCGGUUGAUAGUAUCGCGCAGGCAAACUUACAUGCAGCAGGAGCUGUGGUGAUAAUUUCGGUGGACACGGUGGAUGGCGGUGAGGAGGUGACGAUCUGCUCAAACGAAGCUCGUUUAUCAUGGGCAGGGAAGGUUGCGAGAGUGAGGAGACUUAAUACAAGUUGCAAUUCGCUUCGGUAGCAUCAAUUCGAGGUUUCAGCGUCCGAUUGCUACUUGGAAGUGAAAUUGGGAAGUUGUGAGCCAGGCGUCGUACUUGGGCUCUGUUUCUCAUUCAUCGUCUUGCUGCUGCGCCGCUGUUGGUCCAUCAUCGACAAUUAAUAAGAUUCUCUAGCAGGGAGAGGACUUCGGCCGAAGACAAGAGAGCUGAAGUCCUCUAUAAGGAAUCUUGAAAUAUUGCCUCAGAAGUUGGAUAGGUGAUUUCGUAACUGCGCAAGCAUUGGAUUAUGCGGUGGAGCCCUAAGCGGAGUUUUACAUGCGUCUUCGCAUGUUGGCCAAUGGCUGUGUGGAUGUCGAACCCCGGCAACCCUUGAGGACAUCACCGUCCACAAUCUCUCUCGAUUCCCUUAUUUUUGGAAUGGUGCCUCUUGGUUAAGCAUCACCGUAACCAGCCGAAUUUUCUUUCUGAGGGUUUGCGUGUCAAUGGUGUCUUGUUUGCAUGGCGAAUGUCGCAUGCCUGAUCGGAUCUCGAGAGCAUCUACCCCUCCCUGUGCUGUUACAAAACACCAGAGAUAAUUUCGAGCAGAUCUACUCUGUUGGGCAGAAACUCGGCGCGGGCCAGUUCGGCACCCCGUAUCUCUACACCAAGCGCGCUACAGGGUUAGAAUAUGCUAGCAAGUGCAUUCCCAAGCGGAAGCUCAUUUCCUUGGAAGAAAUCGAGGAUGUCGGCCGCGAGGUUGAGGUCAUGUACCACCUCUCCGGCCACCCCAACAUCGUCAGUGUUAUGGAAGCAUGUCACAAUUCCGGCGUCGUGGACCAGGAUUUGAAGCCUGAGAACUUUCUCUUCAAGACCAUGAAUGACUACUUUGUUUUGAAGGCUGCGGACUUUGGGUCGGCUCGAUUGUUCGAGCCAGGAGAUGUGUUUAGUGAGAGAGCGCAGGGCAUAUUGGAGAGAAAGAUGGAAGGGGUGCCCCCGGUCUUCACCGCCAAUCCGUGGCCGAACAUUUUCGAGGGAGCUAAGGACCUGACCCGAAUGAUGCUGAACCCUGAUCUGAAGCAACGGCUGAACGCUCACGAGAUUUUAGAACAUUCUUGUAUUCGCGAGGAUGGUGGGACGCUCAAGAAGCAGGUUACGUCCCUUGUCCAGUUCCGGAUGAAUCAAUUCGCUCUGCUGAACAAGCUGAAGAAAUUGGCGAUCUGGAUCAUUACCGAGACGCUGUCGUUGGAGGAGAUCACCACUUUGAAGGAGGUUUUCACCGAUAUGGACAGUUACAAUGACGGCGCGAUUAGUUUCGAGGAGCUCAAAGCGGGCCUGCUCAGGAUGGGGACCUCUCUCAAGGACACGGAGAUUUUCGACCUCAUGGACACUUGGCAUGUAGACCACGAUGGUAUUGUCGAUUUCAAAAAAUUUGUAGCUGCCACUCUGAGCUUGAAUCAAAUUGAGUUGGAGGAGAGAUGUAGACCACGAUGGUAUUAUAUCAUGGCAGCUCUUCAGCAUCUCGACAAGAGCGGCAGUAGAUACAUCACCACCGACGAGCUCCUCGCCGUCUACUUCGAGUUUCACAUGGGGGACCUUCGCUUUGAGUAUCUCCUCCACGACGUGAGCAUUGACGCUGAUGGCUGCAUCGACUACAAAACAUUUUUGUCCAAGCUGGGCGGGGGCAAUGGCGGUAUGGGCCAUCAGAAUGUGAGGUGCAUCCCGGGCAUCACAAAUGUGCUAUCACUCGAGAAUAUUGUCUACAGGGUGUAGGGGCGGGCACUGAUCAGUACGUUAGAUGCAAUUGCCUCCUAUGGGUGGUGGCGUUUCCUUUCCUGGUGAUAUGGCUGGUGAUGAGCUCGUUCGGAGUUUCUGGGAACAAAGAGGAAUUCAAUGGAUCGUGGGGUGCGGGCCGCCCGAUGACGAAAUUGGACAAGGCGAUGGUGAUCUUGAUAUCCUCGGAUGGGUUCAGAUGGGGCUACCACCAGAAGGCACCGAUGCCCAAUAUUGACAGGUUGCGUUUGAACGGCACAGAAGUGGAUGCGGGGAUGAUCCCCGUGUACCCAUCGGUGACUUUUCCAAACCAUUACUCGAGUGUUACGGGACUGUACCCAGCAUGGUAUGGAAUCAUCGGCAACCAUUUCAGUGAUCCAGACCUCAACAGCACGGAGAAGUUUGACAUGCAGAAUAAUGAUCCGAAGUAGUGGCUUGGCGAGCCCAUUUGGGAGACGGUGGUGAAGAGCGGCUUGCACGCGGCGACGUAUUUCUGGCCCGAAUCUGAGGUUGUGAAAGGGCCGUGGAACUACCCUCAAUCCUUUUGCCACCGCUACAACGGCUCGGUGCCCUUCGAGGACCGAGUGGAUGGCGUGUUAGGGUACUUGGAUCUGCCUUCGGAGCUGAGACCCAGCCUGAUCACACUUUACUUUGAGGAGCCGGACGAAGAGGACCACGUUUAUGGACCCGACGCACCGCAGAUCACUGAGCAAAUUGUGCGCAUCGAUCGCAUGGUUGGAAAGCUCAUGGACGGGCUCCAGGAGAGAGGCAUCUUGGACGAUGUCACAAUUAUCAUAAUUGGAGAUCGCGGCAUGCUGGGAACUUGCCCUGACCGGGUGAUAUGUCUCGAAGAUCUCAAACCGUGGAUUGAAAUCCCCGACGACUGGGUCGAUUCCUAUUUCCCCAUUCUGUCAAUUCGGCCACCGUCUGCAGUGGAUGUGCGAUCAGUCCUCAAGAAUAUUACAAAUGGGUUUGCCUCCGGGCAAGUGAAAAAUGCUGAAUUUGUGAACAUAUACCUGAAGGAAGAUUUGCCAGCUCGGUUGCAUUUCCCCGCGGGCAACAGAAUCCAGCCGAUCAUUGGAAUGGUGGCGGAGGGUUACAGAUUGGAAGCUCAGAGGACUAACAAGUCCAUGUGCGAGCUCACGGCUACGACAACGCGCACCUUUCCAUGAGGACGAUUUUCUUCGCGCACGGGCCUCGAUUUGCGAGAGGCAGGAAAGUGCCAUCGUUCGAGAAUGUGCAGCUGUAUAAUCUCAUGACGUCUGUUCUCGGAAUCUCGGGCGCUGCUAACAAUGGCACGUCUCUCUUCGUGGAAUCUGUUCUGUUGCCGAAAUCCUAAUGUUGGAAAAAUACGCCGAGGGUUUCCAGCCCAAUACCAUACUCGGGGCCACAUUGAUAUCCGCCAGCUUCGAACAUCAGUUAUGUAAUAGUGUCACCAAAACUAGAAGAUCAGGUCUGUAUUCUAUAAGUACAGUGAGAGUGAAGUUCUUUUCUUGUGAAAGAUCAACUUGACUCCCUUAGGUCAUCUGAGAUCAUGUAUAAAUUCAACACACAUGAAAUAUAUCAUCACUUUUGUUUGUGUAAA